AUGCAAUCGGUUACAUUGGUUUCCUGUUUGAUUCUUGCUGUGGCUAUUUUGUCUGUUAAUACGCAUCCAAACAGAGACCGCCAUCAUCACAGUUCAUCAUUCGACAAUAGUACAUCUUCUUCUAAUGGAACAUUUUCAUCACAUGGAAAUCAUAGUCAUCAUGAACAUAGUGUUACCUCGUGCAUUUGGAGGCAAUGUUGGUCGAUAAAAAACGGAGGUUCUGGUAGUGCCCGGCAAGGAUAA